AUGUCAACCCCGAAUGUGAAAGCCAUGGCUCAGCGCUUUAACCAACAGGCGGAAAAGAAACCUCAAACCAAUUUGCCACCCGAGAGAAAGAUCAAGUCGGUCCCAACGAAAAAGGAGGUGGCUAUUGUGGGAUGCUCUUGUGUACAUUGGUUCACAUCAAUUAGUUUUCAGGAUCUUGGAGAGGAACCGACUCCUCCAAAGAAGAACGUGGCUGCAAUUGCCGCAAUGUUAGAAGCAAACGUGAAUUUGCCGCCGACGCCACCGAACAAGUUUGGAAAACCUCCGAUCUUUGAAAAACUUUCAACGUAUGAGUCGUCCGCAGAAGCUAAGCAAGGAACUUCAAAUAUCAAAAAAGGAAGGCUCGGGGAGAGUUACGAGAGUCCGAUGGAGAGAGGACAGGAUGGAGACAAAAAGCCAAUAUCUUUUAACUUUCAAGAAAGAAGGCUCCUAUUUUCUCGUCAGCUCGAAUCAUUGGACCAGAAACAAAAUUGGAACGACAAUUCUGAUGGCUCCGAGAUCCUGAAGGCAUCGGUAUCCCUGGAGGAAUGGAACCAGCAAAAGGAACCUGUUUUUACAUCAAGUAAUACUAGUAUUACUCUUUUCUUCCGUUUUUAUUACUACCGAGAUAUUCCAGAUCACGGCACAUCCAAUUCGACCAAGUUUCCUCCGCUCCCGACGUUGCCCAUGAAAGAAAAACCGAUUUCCCCGAAGGGGAACGUGGCUGCUCUGUCCGCACUCUUGAGUAGAAAUUUGAAACAGCCGAAAUUGCCAUCAAAGUUUUUUGAAGGAGCUGCUCGGAUCACUGAAGAAAUGAACACGUCUGCCAAGACUGAACACGAGAAGGGUUCAUUUUUCCCUACGAAAUUUGCUCCGAUGGCUUCGAAGAAAGAUUGGAAGGAGUCGGCAGACAUGCUCAGUCCGAUGGAAGGAGGCAGCGGGGGAGGUCGAGACGCUCUAAAAUCGUUCGAUUUUGCGUCGAGAAAGAACGAACUCGCUCUUCGGCUGGGAGGAAUGUCCCUGAACACAGAACGCAAAAAACUGACAAGAAGCGUUAAAACUGCAGAUUUGGAGGAUGAGCGCGAGAAGUUGUACGAGAACCUCCGAUUUGAUCAGAUGAAGGAAAAUUUAGUAUGGUCAGCAGGUAAUACGAUACAUUCUUCUAAUCAAUCUCCAUAACUGGACAGUAAUUUCAGAGCACGUUUCAAAGAUCGAUAUGAGCAAGGCGCCCCCGCUCCCACCGUUUCUCAUGAAAGAAAAACCUACUCCCUCAAAGGGGAAAUGGGCUGGUCUGGCCGCAAUUUUCAAAACAAAACAGGAACUACCAUUGAAGUCAACAGAUAAGUCGUUUCAGACAAAGACAGACGUGGCUGAGGUGAGCCGCUUGUGCGUAAAUUUUCUAUAAUCAGUUUCCAGGUUCCUUCUGGAAAAGCUCGAAUUUUUGCCAAGACUGAAGGCAAGAAGGGUUCAGUUUUCUCUAAGAAACUUGCUCCGAUGGCAGCGAAGAAAGAUUGGAAAGAGUCGGCAGACAUGCUCCGUCCGAUGGAAGGAGGCAACGGGGGAGGUCGAGACGUUCUAAAAUCGUUCGAUUUCGCGUCGAGAAAGAACGAACUCGCUCUUCGGCUUGGAGGAAUGUCCCUGAACACGAACCCCCGUCCGAUAAAGGGAGUCCAGGAAAGAAGACACGGAAACGAAGUCGAAUCGUUCAACUUUGAAGAAAAACGUCAGAAACUCAACAAUUCUGGAAAAUCUCCGAUCAUUGAAAAACUUUCAACGAGUUCCGAGAGUCCGAUGAAGAGAGACCAGGAUGGAGACAAAGAGCAACCAUCUUUCAACUUUCAAGAAAGAAGGCUGCAACUCUCUCGUCAGCUCGAAUCAUUGGACCAGAAACAAAAUUGGAACGACAAUUCUGACCGCUCCGAGAUCCUGAAGGCAUCGGUAUCCCUGGAAGAAUGGCACCAGCAAAAGGAACCUGUUUUUACAUCAAGUAAUACUAGUAUUACUCUUUUCUUCCGUUUUUAUUACUACCGAGAUAUUCCAGAUCACGGAACAUUCGAUUCGACCAAAUUCCCUCCGCUCCCGACGUUGCCUAUGAAAGACAAACCGAUUCCCCCGAAGGGGAACGUGGCUGCUCUGUCCGCACUCUUGAGCAGAAAUUUGAAACAGCCGAAAUUGCCAUCGAAUUUUUUUGAAGGAGCUGCUUGGAUCACUGAAGAAAUGAACACGUCUGCCAAGACUGAAGACGAGAAGGGUUCAGUUUUCCCCACGAAACUUGCUCUGACGGUUCCGAAGAAAGAUUGGAAAGAGUCGGCAGACAUGCUCAGUCCGAUGGAAGGAGGCAACGGGGGAGGUCGAGACGCUCGGAAAUCGUUCGAUUUCGCGUCGAGAAAGAACGAACUCGCUCUUCGGCUGGGAGGAAUGUCCCUGAACACAGAACGCAAAGAACUGAUAAGAAGCGUUAAAACUGCAGAUUUGGAGGAUGAGCGCGAGAAGUUGUACGAGAACCUCCGAUUUGAUCAGAUGAAGGAAAAUUCAGUAUGGUCAGCAGGUAAUACGAUACAUUCUUCUAAUCAAUCUCCAUAACUGGACAGUAAUUUCAGAGCACGUUUCAAAGAUCGAUAUGAGCAAGGCGCCCCCGCUCCCACCGUUUCUCAUGAAAGAAAAACCAACUCCCUCAAAGGGGAAAUGGGCUGGUCUGGCCACAAUCUUCAAAAAAAAACAGAAACUACCAUUGAAGUCAACAAAUAAGUCGUUUCAGACAAAAACAGACGUGGCUGAGGUGAGCCGCUUGUGCGUAAAUUUUCUAUAAUCAGUUUCCAGGUUCCUUCUGGAAAAGCUCGGACUUUUGCCACGACUGAAAGCAAGAAGGGUUCAGUUUUCUCUGAGAAACUUGCUCCGAUGGUUCCGGAGAAAGAUAGGAAAGAGUCGGCAGACAUGCUCCGUCCCAUGGAAGGAGGCAACGGGGGAGGUCGAGACGUUCUAAAAUCGUUCGAUUUCGCGUCGAGAAAGAACGAACUCGCUCUUCGGCUUGGAGGACUGUCCAUGAACGCGAGCCCCCGUCCGAUGGAGGGAGUCCAGGAGAGAGGACACGGAAACGAAGUCGAAUCGUUCAAUUUUGAAGAAAAACGUCAGAAACUCAACAAUUCUGGAAAACCUCCGAUCAUUGAAAAACUUUCAACGAGUUCCGAGAGUCCGAUGAAGAGAUCCCAGGAUGGAGGCAAAGAGCAACCAUCUUUCAACUUUCAAGAAAGAAGGCUGCAACUCUCUCGUCAGCUCGAAUCAUUGGACCAGAAACAAAAUUGGAACGACAAUUCUGACCGCUCUGAGAUCCUGAAGGCAUCGGUAUCCCUCGAGGAAUGGCAUCAGGAAAAGGAACCUGUUUUGACAUCAAGUAAUACUAUUCCUCUUUUCUUCCGUUUUUAUGACUACCGAGAUAUUCCAGAUCACGGCACAUUCGAUUCGACCAAGUUGCCUCCGCUCCCGACGUUGCCCAUAAAAGACAAACCGAUUUCCCCGCAGGGGAACGUGGCUGCUCUGUCCGCACUCUUGAGUAGAAGUUUGAAAACGCCGAAGUUGCCAUUAAAGUUUUCUGAAGGAACUUCUCGGAUCACUGAAAAAAUGGACACGUCUGCCACGACUGAAGAUUUCCCUACGAAACUUGCUCCGAUGGCUUUGAAGAAAGAUUGGAAAGAGUCGGCAGACAUGCUCAGUCCGAUGGAAGGAGGCAGCGGGGGAGGUCGAGACGCUCUAAAAUCGUUCGAUUUCGCGUCGAGAAAGAACGAACUCGCUCUUCGGCUGGGAGGAAUGUCCCUGAAAACAGAACGCAAAGAACUGACAAGAAGCGCUAAAACUGCAGAUUUGGAGGAUGAGCGCGAGAAGUUGUACGAGAACCUCCGAUUUGAUCAGAUGAAGGAAAAUUCAGUAUGGUCAGCAGGUAAUACGAUUCAUUCUUCUAAACAAUCUCUAUAACUGGACAGUAAUUUCAGAGCACGUUUCAAAAAUCGAUAUGAGCAAGGCGCCCCCGCUCCCACCGUUUCUCAUGAAAGAGAAACCAACUCCCCAAAAGGGGAAAUGGGCUGGUCUGGCCGCAAUCUUCAAAAAAAAACAGGAACUACCAUUGAAGUCAACAAAUAAGUCGCUUCAGACAAAAACAGACGUGGCUGAGGUGAGACGCUUCUGCGUAAAUUGGUUAUAAUCAGUUUCCAGGUUCCUUCUGGAAAAGCUCGGACUUUUGCCAAGACUGAAGGCAAGAAGGGUUCAGUUUUCUCUGAGAAACUUGCUCCGAUGGUUCCGGAGAAAGAUUGGAAAAAGUCGGCAGACAUGCUCCGUCCGAUGGAAGGAGGCAAUGGGGGAGGUCGAGACGUUCUAAAAUCGUUUGAUUUCGAGUCGAGAAAGAACGAACUCGCUCUUCGGCUUGGAGGACUGUCCAUGAACGCGAGCCCCCGUCCGAUGGAGGGAGUCCAGGAGAGAGGACACGGAAACGAAGUCGAAUCGUUCAAUUUUGAAGAAAAACGUCAGCAACUCAAUUGGAAACUCAAUCUGGUAUCUCAAGUCCCGACGUUGCUCAUGAAUCAUGGAGAGCUAAAUGUGACAAAUCCGAGAGAGGUGAUAAGCAGUGCCGGUGCGGCGCAAGGGGAUGCCUGGUCUUGCCUGGAAGAUACAGAGGUGAGUUUCUUGAGCAACAUUUUCAGUUUGUCUUAGUCUGAACUUCACAGAAAAGCUAAAAAUUAUAUCAACCAAAACUUUCAGGAAGACGACUUUGUUAAUGAUGCAGAGGAUUAUCUGCAUGGAGGUUUCGGGAGUUCUUAAAACGUGCAGCAUGAUUCUCGCAAAACGAAACAGUGAAUCCUGCUUUGAGGACUCACCUCUCCCCCACUUUUGUUUCUUUUUAUUAAUCAAUUUAAUAGUUUUUCUAUCUGUCCCCUUCUUCAUUCAUCAUGUCUUCUCUAGUUCAUGUCAAAACAAAAAUAACUGAAGACCGAACCCUUGAAGUCUCUGUUUCCUCAAUUGAACAAUGAUAAUCUGUUUAAUAAAUGCUUCGAACUCUCUGUGAACCGAUGGAGAGCAAGAUUUACUGAGUAAAAAACUCACGAAAUCAACUAAAGUUGCCACUGCCAAGGUACUUUCAGAUGCGCCAGAAACUGGCACUGGACUGCUGGUCAGACUUGAAAAGCAGUCUCAGUAACAGUGCCUGGUGCUUCCUUACGAGUUCCCGAUUGUCAGCGGCCAACUCUCGUUUUCACUGUGUCCAGGCUUGGGACAAGUGUUUAUUAUCCGAUGACAGCAGUUGUGAGUUCUCCCGCGGAGAAUCGGCGGCCCUGCACAAAGCAGUAUCCGGGCGCUCGACAUCUCUGAAAAGACAGUGUGUUCCUACCAAAACGUGCAAAGUGUCGUUCGAGAAGUUUUUUGUGAGUAGCUCACUCUACUCUAACCCGGUUAUGUCGCUGCGAAUCCAGUUGGUGGAUUUUUUGAUCAGCUGCUCGUUUUCAACAACGAAGCACAAUUUCUUCAUGCUGCUGAGUGCCACGUUGACGGUGCUCGUCGAUGAAAGCUGA